CCUCUCAGUCGAGUCGCGUCAUUCUCCUCGUCUCGUGUCGCUGACUUCCCCCACAAGUUGCUGGGUUGCCUUCGAGCAGGAGACAGGCUGUGUAGUUUAGUGCUAUCAGGAUCGGAUCAGCGGCUGCUGCGCUUCAGUUGCCGGCGGCGGCAGCAUGAGGGUGGUGGUGACGGGCGCGACGGGGUACCUGGGCGGCCGCCUGUGCGCGGCGCUGGUCGGCGCGGGCCACGCCGUGCGCGCGCUCGCCCGCCCCUCCAGCAACGUCUCCGGCCUGCCCCGCGACGUCGAGCUGGCCUACGGCGACGUCACCGACGCCGAGUCCCUCGCCGCGGCCUUCCACGGUUGCGACGUCGUGUUCCACGUCGCCGCGGCCGUCGAGCCCUGGUUGCCCGACCCCUCCGUUUUCCUCAAGGUUAAUGUAGGUGGACUUGAGAAUGUGUUGAAGGCUGCCAAGAGAACACCAACUGUGAAGAAGAUAAUCUACACAUCAUCUUUCUUUGCAAUUGGUCCAACUGAUGGUUACGUUGCAGAUGAGACACAAAUGCAUCCAGAGAAGGAAUUUUGUACUGAAUAUGAGAAAUCAAAGGUUCUUGCAGAUAGAAUCGCACUUCAGGCAGCAGCGGAUAAAGUGCCGAUCACCAUUGUCUACCCAGGCGUUCUCUAUGGCCCUGGAAAACUUACGACUGGAAAUCUUGUCUCCCGCAUUUUAAUAGAGAGGUUUAAUGGGCGCUUGCCUGGUUACAUAGGAGAUGGGUAUGAUAGAGAAUCGUUCUGCCAUGUUGAUGAUGUUGUUAGUGGGCACAUAGCAGCUAUGGAGAAGGGCAGAGUGGGCCAACGGUAUCUCCUCACUGGUGAAAAUAUGUCAUUCGUGCAAAUUUUUAAUAUGGUUGCUAAUAUCACAAACACAAAGGCUCCCAUGUUCCACGUACCUCUCUGGUUGAUUGAAGCAUAUGGGUGGAUUUCAGUUUUUGUUUCUCACAUCACUGGAAAACUCCCACUUAUCAGUUACCCUACUGUGCGUGUUCUGAGACAUCAAUGGGCAUACUCAUGUGACAAAGCAAAGACGGAGCUGGGCUAUAGCCCAAGAAACUUGACUGAAGGUUUAUCGGAGAUGCUCCUGUGGCUUAAGGAAGAAAAACUAAUCAAGUUUUAGCGUUCUUUACUACUCGCCGCAUCACACAUUUAAUGUAAACUGAGACAUUGCUGGGGAUUUGAAGUGUAUAUCAGUAUAUGCUUCGGCAUUGCGUUAUGUUGUAUUAUAUACUAGAGAAAAGCUAAGAUGUAGAUGUGUAAUACUGAUGUUGACAAUAAAGGGAGAAACUAUGUUUUUUACAUCGAUACAAUUAAUUCAAUCAUC